AUGGCGUUCGCCGCGCGUUCUCUGGGCCGCAUCGCCGCAGCCGCUUCUUCCCACUCACCUAUUGGCAAAUGCAGCACAUGGCUGUCUCCAGCUGCCGCCGUUUCCCUCCGUCUGCGCCAGGAGGGGCUCGGGAGCUCCGCCAGCACCAGAGGCCUUUUCACUGUGUCACAUCCUCGCCACGGCAUUGUUUGCUUCAAGCUUGCGGACAUAGGCGAAGGCAUUGCGUCUGUUGAGCUGACGAAAUGGUACAAGAAAACCGGCGACACUGUGGAGGAGAUGGAGGAGGUCUGCGAGGUGCAGUCGGACAAAGCCGCAGUUGAAAUCACAAGUCGUUAUUCUGGAAAGAUCGUCAAACUGUACGCCAAGGAAGGAGAUACUGUGAAGAUUGGGGCCCCUUUAAUUGACAUAGACUCCCCAGAUGUUGAAGAAACUCAGAGCCAGCCGCCUUCACCUGCUGCUCCCCCCCCGAGCGAAGCCAGCAAACCCCAGCAGCCCUCAGCUGCUGCUUCCUCCAGCAAAGGCGCAGAGGCUCUUGCCUCUCCCGCAGUCCGCCGUUUUGCAAAAGAAAAAGGAGUUAAUUUGGAAGCUGUGAAGGGCACUGGAGCCCGCGGAGCAAUCACGAAGGAAGACGUGCUGAAUUACCUUUCCUCUGGAGCCUCUGAGCCCCAGAGCAGCGCAGGCGAAGACAACUCCGGCGCAGCCCAGAGCCCCCCGGCUCCGCGGCAGAGCCGCGGAAACCGCGAAGUGGUUUUGCAGGGCUUUUCGAAGGCAAUGGUGAAGUCGAUGACGGACUCUCUGAAAGUGCCGCACAUGAACAUCGGCGACGAAUACGACAUCACGCGUUUGACUGAGUUGCGCCACGCGCUGAACAAAGAGUUGGCCUCUCAGAACAUUCGAAUUUCCCUGACAGCCUUUUUGAUAAAAGCCAUAAGCCUGGCCAUAAACGAAUACCCAAUAGUGAACUCGAAGUUCAACACGGAAACGCAGAACUCGUACACGGAGUUCGGAUCUCACAAUGUCAGUGUUGCAAUCGACUCUCCGGGCGGGCUGGUGGUGCCGUGCGUGAAGAAUGUGCAAGACCUGACUUUGGUGGAAAUCCAGCGCGAACUCGUCCGCCUGCAGGGCCUAGCAAAGGCAAACCGCCUUUCCCCCGCAGACCUCACUGGCGGCACAAUUGCCUUGUCGAACGUCGGAGUGAUAUCAGGUGACUGGAGGGCUCUGCGCCUGCAGCAGGGUUUAGGGUUUAGGGUUUAG